CACAGCACGAAGUAGCAGCGCAUGCGAGCACUAGCUAACAUGAACUGGACUUUCUAUCUCUUUAAUGUCACCUUGCUCUGUGUCUCUUCGCUAAACAACCUCUAAUGCGAAAUAUUACACGGUCUAGCAAGUGCCAUUUGUUUCCGUGGGACAGUUAUUUGUACGAGUGGAGUAAUAAGGUAGGGAGGCAUUAGCUAGCUAACCUUAGCUAACGUGAGCUAGCCAGUGUUUCUGUUACUUGAAGGGGGCAGUUUGGUGACCUUGUUGACAGCUUAGUUAAAGUACUUUAAUACGUUAUAUAUGCUAACUAAAUACACAUUGAAACAGCAUAUGUGGCCAAGAAUGUUAAGUGGAAACAGUCGGAUAAUUGUUAACUUCCGGUAUAUCCAUUUUCAACCUUUAUAACGUCCCCUGAGUUGUUAGAGAACAAUGUCUGUCUGGGUGACAGCCAUGAGACGGGUCCUGAGCUAUUGCAGCCGCAGAUCUCUGUGGCAACAGCGCAGUUUCCUGGUGACAUCAUCAGUCAAAGAAGACACAUCCUAUUCUAGUCAACAGUUAGCUCACAUCUGGAGUACAAGACAGCAGACAUGCUUAGAUAAGAGUCUUGUUAGUUCAGUGAGGUUUUACUCACAGGGUAGAAUCCACAGUGACGACUUGGACGACAAGGAGCAGCAUCCUUCAUCUUCACGGUCACAGUCUUUGCUGCCUGCUGAGAUCCAAUCUGACGAGAGGGCCUCAAGGCAGACGCGGAGGUGGUCGCCCUUCAUUGACCAUCUGGAAAGCUGUGCCUCCCCAUCGGAGGUUUUAGACCUCACCUGUAAAUACGCACCCACGUUUCGACAGGUCAGCAACUGCCUGACCCAGAUGUGGUCCACCACGAAGAAGAUGGCAGAAGAGCAGCGACGCUACGAGCUGCAGCUUAUGUCCGAGCAUCCUGCUUUUGACAAGCUACUGCAAUUGGCCAUGAAGGGAGCGGGGCACGUGUCCAAUGAGGAUGUGGCUUUUUCUCUGCUGUGUAUGGUCAAUCUGGGUGUUCCCCAACAUAGCCGCGUGGUCCAGACGUUCCUCCGAGCCUGUCAGGAGAAUCUGAAUGACUUUGAUGAGAGAACCCUGUCCGUUUUGGCCUCCGGUCUGGAACAUAUGGAGAACUGUCCCAAUGUCCUCGCACUAAAGGAUGGCAUGAGGUUGGUAGUCGAGGCCCGUCUUCCCAGGAUCAAGAAUGUAAAGGCUCUCCAGACCAUGAUGCGCAUUAUGGGGAAAAAUGUCCCACUGGACCUCAAGCAGAAACUGGAGAGAAAGGCUCUGUCGAUGAAAGACCAGUUCAGCCUUCCCAACACCCAUUACAUGAUCUCCACUAUGGCUGUAAUGGACUUGUACUCCAAACCGCUGCUGGAAGUCUGCAGUAAGGCAUUUCAAGAAAACCUCCAUGGAACCCCCUUCAACAAAUUAUAUGUAGUCCUGCAGUCCUGUAGGCAGCUACACUACAGAGACCUUGAUCUGUUCACUGGAAUUUCAGACUACGUCGCCUCUACAAUAGACAUAUGGACUAAAAAACAGGUGAUCCUCUUUCUGUCUAUGUUCGAGAACCUCACCUUCUGUCCCGCUGCGUUAAUGGAGGCAUUUGCCGAGAAGGUGAUCACCAGUCCGGACGCUCUGACACUUCAAGACCUCCUCUGUGUCCUCAAAGUGUACUCCAAUCUUAACUAUGACCUGCAGCACCGAAGGCAACAGUUCCUGGAUAGUCUCAGCACGGCUCUGGACUCCUAUCUGCCCAAGAUGUCUGGGUUUGAGUUGUUAAAGGCUGUGUAUCACAUGUGUCUGCUGGGCCACUUCCCCUCGGCACCACUGGAGCUUCUCCUGCAGAGCAGCACACUGGAGAAGUUUAACACCACAGUACCCAAGUUUCUCCCAAACCAGGAGAAAAUGUUCCAGACGGUGAACUUGUGCCUCCGCCUUGAGUGUCCUCCUCUCCCUCAGCCCUUGACACUCCCUCCAUCUGUCCUGGGAGACCCCUUCCCCAGCAGAUCAUCAGUGAACCUGAAUCUCUCAGAGGGCCUGCGGCGUGUGUUGGGAGACCAGGCAGACACAAUGCUGCAGGAAAUGGUGACGGUGGAGAACUUCUACCUCAUAGAUGCUGUGAUAACCAAACCUCUGCAAAACCAAACCUCUGCAACAAGUGCAGGAGGAGAGUGUUCUCCAGCAGAGAGCAGUCAAAGAAUUGCAGUACUUUGCGAACCUCACUCUGGAUUCUGCUACGGUACGUCCACUCCCCGCGGCCCUCUGGCUGUCAAGAUUCGCCAUCUGAAGAUCCUGGGAUACGACCCUGUCUUGGUAACGGAGCAGGAGCUGCAGUCUGCGUCGGAGGAGUUCCUCAGGGAACGGGUUUUUCCAGAACACCAGCAAGCAGAGCAGCUGGGACCUUGAGGACAGUGUCAGACAGGUGCCAAGAGCCCUAUCUGGUUCAGUGUUCUUAAUCUGUGCAGUCAUCAUGGACACAUUGGAAGCUUUGUACAUAAUUAAGAAGGAAUAAAUAUACUGAAAUAUUUCAAUGAA